AUGAUUUUAAGGCACCGGAAAUUAGUGUUAGAUGGAAAGUUAUUUCAUGUGCGUUGUUGUGCGCAUAUACUAAAUUUGCUUGUUCAAGAUGGUAUUGGGAAAAUAGCAAAAAUAGUUGAAGACGUGCGUGAAAGUGUGAAGUUCAUCAAUCAGUCUGAAGCAAGGUUACAAACAUUCUCACAAAUAGUUCAACAACUAAAGCUUGGUGGUAAAAAAUUAAUUCUUGAUUGCCCUACUCGUUGGAACUCCACCUAUCAAAUGUUGUCAGUUGCAAUGCAGUUCAAAGAAGUCUUCCCUCGUUUUCAAGAUCGAGAACCAAGCUAUACAACUCUUCCAGAUGAUGAUGAUUGGGAAAAGGUUGAAAAAGUUUCCAAGUUGCUAGAGGUAUUUAAUGUUGUUACAAAUAUUAUUUCAGGUAGUGAAUAUCCAACUGCUAACUUAUAUCUUGCUGAGGUAUUUCGAAUCAAACUAGUUUUAGAUCAAGUUAUCCAAGAUGAAUCUGAUUUUAUGAAAGAAAUGGCAAAAGCGAUGAAGGGAAAAUUUGAAAAAUAUUGGAGCCAAUGUAAUCUUGUUAUGUCGCUUGCUUCUGUUUUGGACCCUAGGAUCAAAAUGAUGGGUGUUAACAUGUGUUUUCCCUUAAUUUACCCGGAAGUUGAAGCUAGAAAAAAUAUAGAAAAUAUGCGUAUCGCGCUUGAUGAUAUGUACAAAGAGUAUGUUGAUAUACUUAGUGAGCAUAAUGAAGAAGGAUCUAGUAGAAGUGGUGUUGAUCAAAAUGGGCUUAUUUUGGAGUCACAAAAAUCCUCAGGGUGGUCAUUGUUAAUGAUUUAUGUCGAAGAACAACAAGCAAUUCCUGCUGUAAAAUAUGAAAUUGAAGAGUAUUUGAAUGAGCCAACUUACAAACCUAAAGAUAACGUCCAUAUGUCAUUGUGUGCCUUGGAAUGGUGGAAAUUGAAUUGUGGAAAAUAUAGAGUGUUGUCCCAUAUGGCAGCAGAUGUUCUUGCCAUUCCAAUAUCUAUUGUGGCUUUGGAGUCAACCUUUAGCGUCGGAGGGAGAGUUAUCGAUUCAUUUCGAGCUUCUUUAAGUUUAUCUACUGUCGAUGCUUUAAUUUGUGGUGGUGAUUGGCUUCGAAUAUUGCAUGGAAUUAGGAACAAACCUAAGGUGGAGCAAGUGCAAACAGAAAUUACAUUACUCCCUUGA